GCGGCCCGCCGCGACUUUCAGACUCGUACCAUGGCCUCAGGCUGGUGGCGGUGGCGGCGCGGCUGCUCCUGGAGACCGGCGACGCGGAGCCCCGGGCCCGGCUCCCCUGGUCACGCGGGGCCGUGCGGGCCGCGCCCCGCCGCCGCCCGCGCGCAGGUGAGGCCGGGAAGCGCGCUCAGCAUCUCAGCAAUAUCCUAUUUUUGUCUUGUGAAGAGUUUAACAUCUGCCUGUCCAAAUAUUUACAGUAUAUCACGGCUCCAUCACACAACAUCGGCCAUGUGCUGUUGUAGUAAAACAUGGAGUGGCGAGAAAUACACCGAUCCUUUUACACUUGGUAGGAGAUACUUGAAAGGCCUGUAUGAGGACAUUAGAAAGGAACUACUCAUAUCUCCAACAGAACUUAAGGAAAUGUCUGAAUACUACUUUGAUGGAAAAGGAAAAGCCUUUCGACCAAUUAUCGUGGUGCUAAUGGCCCAAGCGUGUAAUAUUCAUUAUAAUGAUUCCCGAGAUGUGCAAGCCAGCCAGCGCACCAUAGCCUUAAUUGCAGAAAUGAUCCACACUGCUAGUCUGGUUCACGAUGAUGUUAUUGAUGAUGCAAGUUCUCGAAGAGGAAAACACACAGUUAAUAAAAUCUGGGGUGAAAAGAAGGCUGUUCUUGCUGGAGAUUUCAUUCUUUCAGUAGCAUCUAUAGCUCUGGCACGAAUUGGAAAUACAACUGUUAUAUCUAUUUUAACACAAGUUAUUGAAGAUCUGGUGCGUGGUGAAUUUCUUCAGCUGGGGUCAAAAGAGAAUGAGAAUGAAAGAUUUGCGCACUACCUUGAAAAAACCUUCAAGAAGACUGCAAGCCUGAUAGCCAACAGUUGUAAAGCAGUCUCUGUCUUGGGAUGCCCCGACCCCGUGGUACAUGAGAUUGCCUAUCAAUAUGGAAAAAAUGUGGGAAUAGCUUUUCAGCUCAUAGAUGAUGUACUGGACUUCACUUCCAGUUCUGACCAGAUGGGCAAACCAACAUCAGCUGAUCUGAAGCUCGGGUUAGCCACUGGCCCUGUCUUAUUUGCUUGUCAGCAGUUCCCAGAAAUGAAUGCUAUGAUAAUGAGACGGUUCAGUUUGCCAGGAGAUGUGGACAGAGCUCGACAGUACGUACUACAGAGUGAUGGUGUGCAACAGACAACCUACCUCGCCCAGCGGUACUGCCAUGAAGCAAUAAGAGAGAUCAGUAAACUUCGACCAUCCCCAGAAAGAGAUGCCCUCAUACAACUCUCAGAAACUGUACUCACAAGAGAUAAAUGACAAGGCUUUCUAUUAUUUACGGCAGCUAUUUUACCAGACUGUGCCUAAAAAAUUUUGUGGAAUAUACUUUGCUUCAUGUGCAGAUUACCAAAAAUCAUUUUUUAAAGUCAUUUCAACCUUAAUGAUGGGCAUUUCUUUUUAUUGGCGGUUUUUCAGAAAAGUUUUAAAAUAAUUAUAUCAUUUGAAAUUGUCAUUCUAGUCCUGUGAAUUCUAACUGAGGUAUCUUGAUGUUUAUGUGUGGUACUGUUUACACUGUUAGUAUUCACAUGUAAAGCCAUUGCACAAAUAAAUAAUCAAUGUUAAAAUUCAAA